AUUUAAGCCUAGUCACUACCUAGAAAUUUUCUUCUUUUCUUAUCGAUUUUAUAAAAGAGAAAAGUAUGGUACAAUCAGAUAUCAUUGUUCGUAAAGCAACAUUGGAAGAUUUGGAAUAUAAAUCAUCUGCCUGUUUGACAGUAAAUCAAGCCUAUAGAUCAAAGGGCGGUUGGACAACUGAAGAAGAUAUCGUCAGUGGAGUACGAUGCACAGAAGAAGAUAUUGAAAAGUUCAUUCGAGAAAACGGAAAGCCCAACACAUUACUGUUUGCAAUUAAACAAACAAAUGAGGAAUCAUCCGUGGUGGGAACAGUUCAAAUUCAACCCUGUGAGGACCAUGAAAACGAAGCAGAGAUUGGAUUAUUCUCUGUGUCACCUUUUGAGCAAUCCCGUGGGAUUGGUGGUAAACUGAUGCAAGCUGCUAUAAAUGAGAUGAAAGAGUUGGGAUUUACCCAUGCUGUGCUUCAUGUGUUAGAGAAUAGACCUGAUAUCUUGGCUUGGUAUCGAAAAUUAGGAUUUGUGGAGACGGGAGAACGUCUGCCUUUCCUUUGGCCAGAGAAAUUAAAGAUAAAAGAUCUUCACUUUUUAGUUUUGAAGAAGCCCCUGGUAUAAUGUAAUAAAAAUAGAUUAUGUACACUUUUUUUUCCCGCUCAUAGAUGUGUGUGUUGUCACCCCUCACAAAAAAUAAAAUAAACUCUUGGAUUUUCACUUUGGGCUUUUUCUGUGUAUUUAUUUUUAAUGACUGAAAAUACAAAGUUGGUGGACACAGAAGACAUAACUACGGAUGCUAUUACCUCUGCUCCUACUCCAACUACUACUUCUACCUCUACUGAAGUACUAACAACAGCAACAGCAACAACAAC